AUGCCUGCAACCCCCCUCCCAAGUGCUGGUGGAGUGGGGUCCUCCCUGCUGUGCCAUCCAGAAAGUAAGCAGGCAGAGGCAGCACCUCUGCCCAUUCCCGCUGGGCAGUGCCAUGGGGUCCAGUCCCCCCCUGCUUUACAGGGCUAACUGAGGACAGGGAGAUUGGGAGCUCUCCAUCUUGGGUGGCAGGAUGUAGAAGAGGACAAGGCUUGUUCACUUUUCAAAGUUGCAGAAAUCCUAUCUUCCUACACAACACUUUGUGCAGUACAUCCGCCCACUUUUGCGUGCACACACACACACACACACACACACACAGAGCCCUGAGAUUCAGAGCCUCAUGCUCUACUGAGUAGGGUCCCCAAAGCAUGUUGUCAGCCCACAACCUGGACCUGGUGCCACCAGGACCCCACUGCAUGCCAAGAACCAAGUGUGGCAUGCUCCGUGAACCUGGGCUGAUUUGAUUCCUACAUUGCCCUACCCUCCAACAUUUCUCUGAUGAAAAUAGGGACACCCUAUUCUCCAUCAGGGAGCUUCUUCUGCGUUUGAUCUCACUGCACACAUAGAUGUCAUAUACACAUCAACACUGGUCACCUUGAGCCAAUGACAACCUCUCAGCCUCACCUACCUCACCUACCUCACAGGGUUGUUGUAAGGGAAAAAUGUUCAAGGAAAGGGAUCAUGUAUUACACCCUCAACAGAUAAAUGGAAUGAAAUAAGAGUUUAGCUGUAAGCUAACUUGAGUCACUGUCAGGGAAAAAGGCAGGAUGUGGUGGUGAUGAUGAUGAUGAUGAUGAUGAUAAUUAAUGGAAACUGUGAGAAGGAUCAGUAACCGAGAGUAAAUCUUAUUGAACUCAGUUGGACUUAGUUCUGAGAAAAAAAUGCUCAGGAUUGCAGUGUAAGACUUCAUUUACAACAAAGGAAUCGACACUCCCUGUGUUUCUUAGGAAAUGGCUGGCUGCUGAAGCAUUGCAAUUAAAGAAUUUAAAACAGACUGGUGAGCUUUUCCUUUCAAAAUUAUAGGAAGGACGUCCUAUGCCAGGGUGACCGUUUCCUUCAUUUGGUGCAGGUAUUUUAUUUUCAGGUUAAACAGACUCUCUUUUUGCACCCACACCCCUUUUAAUUGUUCUCCAAGACAUGGAGGUGAGGAAAAAGGAAAACUAGGAAUCAAAUCAGAAAGCAGGAUGGCUUCUGGAAUUCUGGGACUGUCCCUGGAAAAUUGGGGCACUUGGGGGGGGUCUGCAUUGCAGGGAGUUGGACUAGAUGACCCUUCGGAUCCCUUCAAACUCAAUAAUGCAGUAGUUCUCAAGGGGUGUGGCAGGAGAGGAUGGCAAGUGGGAAGGUUCAAGGACAAUCCAAGAAACAGCUAAACAUUUCAGUAUAGUAUAGUAUAGUAUAGUAUAAAAAUAUUUUUAUCUGCAGCAUAUGGGUGAGAAGAUGAAUUUGCUUGCCUCGAAUUAAACCUAAUAUAAAUGAGAUCACCCCGCAAAAGGGAGUUCACAAGCUUCACUGAGUUUGUAUAAUACCUAAGAGGCUCGAAUACAGUUAUAUUUUGGGAAUGAUUCAUGUUCUUAUGUAGCUGCGUUGUUUUCUGCUUUCUGGCUGUCCCAUGAUCAUGUUCUAAGGUUGUUGUGCUCUGAGUCAUAAAUCAAGCACUGUUCGAAGUCACUUCCUUUUGCUUUCCGAUGUAUUUCUUUGUAAUGUAUUGGCAAAUCUGGCGCGGCGCGAGCGAGCAACUUUUUCUUCCGAAAGCGAGGACCAGAGCGACCAGGGUUGCUCUCCUGCGCGUGCUCGCGGCGGCGGCCGCGCGCCUGGCGUGACGCAGCAGCAGCCCCCGCCCUCCUGGGCGGUCGGGUGACUUCGCGGCGGCGCGCACAGGCUCUGCGGCUCUAGAGGCGCUGCUGUCCAUCGCGCGUCCACUUGCCGUCGAGCGAAGCAGCAGCAGCAGCAGCAGCGGCAGCAGAGGCAGCAGCACCCGGAGGCGGCGGCGGCGGACGAGCCUUUGCGCGGGGCAGGUAUGGCGGCGUCGGGGGGCCCGGCCACGGGCGCGGCUGGCUGGCUGCUCUGCUCGGGGCGCGGCUCUUGGAGACCCUCGGCGUCCCUGUCCCUCGGGCUCCCCGGGCGGGCGGGCGGGCGGGCGCUGCUGGCGGCGGCGGAGCCUCUUCGAGGGCAGCCGCGCUCCGCCAAGCCGAGGGUUGGACGGGGCUGGCGGGCGCCGAGCGAGCCCUGCUCCGGGGCGCCUCUUCGGGAAGGUGGGCGGGUUUGGGGUGGCGCGCCUUGGCGCAGGCCCGCGACGGGGAGGCGGACGCCGGGCGCCCCCAGACGCGCUCGCUUCUGGCCUCUCGCCCCCGCUUCCCGGCAGGUGCGUCUCCUCUUGGCUCAGCCGGGCGAUCCCAGCCCGCCCCCGCCUUGCUUCCUUAGGGGCUUGGGAGACGGGGGCAAAGGGGGGCGAGGUGAUUCAAAGCAGGCUGGCAGGUGGGUCCCAGAAAUGCAGGUCUUAGCCAGUGCUCGCCUUAAGCUGGGCUUUUUCAAGGGACGGGUGGAGAGAAAAUAGACCCCCACAUUCUAGCUCUGCUAUGAAGCUCCCUGGUCAAGCCCUCAUGACCCCCCUGUAUGGGAGUUUGGGCUGAGAGGAGGAGGAGGACUUGGAAACCUAUAUGUUGCCCUGAGGUCUCUGGGUUGGAAAAAAUGCAUACAGUUUUAUUCAAACUAGACCUCUGACUGCAGCAUAUUAAUGGAUGUCUUGCUAACUUGGCAGUAGUAGGACAGUUUUUUUGUAGCAAUAAAUUAACAUUUCAAGAAUGUCUUAGAAUCUACUGUGGGAAAGUCCAUGCUGAUCCCGAUUCAUUAUCAUGAUUAUAUGACCUGUCUGAAAGUAUCAAGCUUGCUGCAAACAUGUAGCCCAUAGAAUAGAGGCAGGUUCUUGUAUUUAAAGGCCAUUUUGCAUUUGCUCCUCUGUCUCCAUUCCUUUUCCGGUAUUGGGCUGUAGUUUGUUUAUUUUUUCCUCCCCACAUGCUCUUGAAAUUUAUUUUAUUUUGUUUAUAUCCCACCUUUCUUCUGAUGAGCUGAAGUGCCUAGUUCUCCCUCACCCCAUUUUAUCCUUGCAUCAACCCUCUGAGGGAGGUUAGCCUGAGAGGUGGUCACCCAGUGAGGAUUCAGAGCCUGGUCUCCCAGGCCCCAGGCUAGCACUCUCGCCACAGCUGCACGCUGGCUCGCAUUAGGCAGUUUCACAUUAGCUUUGACGUCACAUACAGUUUCUGAUUGAUCAAGAUCGUCUGACACCUUUCCCAUUAACUCCUGAGUAAAGUUUCACUUCCUGAAUUUUCACCUCUGUACGCAAAGGAAAACAAUACCCUGCAUAUGUCAUGGGCCAUGUGGAAGAUGCUCACUUGUUAGAGUGUUUUAGGUGCUUCCAUGAUUUGCAGUAAUUGUGUGAGUAAUCUAUGAGUGCUCCAGUCCUGCCUCUCUUAACCCAGUUAAAGGUUUUUGUAGGCAGCUGCACUGAAACUUUUCCACUGUAAUUGAGUCGAGAUGCACAUUGCUGGUUUGCAUUAUCACAUGCCUCAGUUGUCACACUGUGAACCUUCCCCUUCUGAAGGGGCAGAGUGCCUCCUCUUCCCUUCCUUCCAGUUUCUCCAGUUCAUUUCAAAAAGUUUGUGCAGGAGACAUUACUUAUUUCCAACAUUUAUUGCCGUUUCGCUUUCUGUCUUGCUUUUUAGCCAUUUCGCUUUCUGUCUGGUUCACAGUAAGAUAAAGCAAUCAAAUUACAGCAGUUAAAUAACACAUUUAAAACCACAUGGAAUAUGAAAUAAGGCCAUGGCUAAAAAUAGUAAAUUCAGCAAUAUAUAAAAUAGAACAGUAUAAAACAGCAGGAGCAAAAUAAAGCAGACCUACUAUCCCAUGACAAAUAGAAAGGUGUUCACUUGGUAUUUAUGCAGUGGCUGCUGGUGCAAUUGAGAUAUGUGGUGUUUUUUCCACCUUGGGCACCAAAAUGUGCCCUGGUGACUUUCAGGAUUGGAGCAAAAGUGUAUGAAAACAAUAUAAGUGCAGUAGGGCUAGAGCCCUAGCUGGGCAUUCAACCAUCGUGUGGGGGUGGGGAGUGUGUAGGGGCAUUGAGGUAGGGAGUGUGCUAGACCUGCCUUCAAAGUCCCCUCCCACCCCACCUGGAAUAGGAGGGUCUGGGGGAGGCUGCUAGGUGUGUUUAGACUGUUGCGCUGAUAAGGCAGGGGGUUUGCCAGUACAUGAAGACUGAAUUCAUUUAGAAUCCCCCUUUGCAAACCUUCCUGUUGAAUGUGGGAAGGUCUCCUAGCACGGCUGCCCCAGCCCAUGUUUCCUUUGAACUGCCUGAAGAAGGUUUGGUUGUUCCGUAGUUUUAUUUGGGUCCUCUUUCAGCUUACUCUUCAGAAUCUCCUUAGCAAUAUGCUUAUCUGCAGGUUGAUAGCUGCUGAAAUGACACAGAACCAAGUCUGAUCAGAUUACCACUGUAAGCAAGUGAGGUCAUCUUAUUUUCAGGAGAAUUCUGAAUGACUAAGAAGUUUCCUGUUGUGCACAAAACUAAAGAUUAAGGCCCAGCGUGGAGGCAAUAUGAAAUGCUUCCUGGAAAAGUGCAAAGGAUACUUGAGUUUGGAAAGUUCAGCCUUGGGAAAUACUGUAAGAAGAAAAAGAAUCUUGGCUGACUUGAAAAAGGAAAAUGGCUGAGUGUUCAUGAUGGAUAUAGUUCUGUCUUCAUGGCAUAAGACUUCACAUAUUAAUGUGUGUGCAGGGAUUGAAUGAUGCUGCCACCCAUUUAACAUAAUAUUUAACACUAAUGUUAUUUGUGACUCCUGACUCUAAUGGGCUUGAACAAAUGACUUAGAACUUGCUUACUGUAACCUGAAUUCCAUAGGCCUUGUGGAACCCGUCCAGAGGCACAGCCCGUCUAGUCCAGCAGUGCUGGGGGUAUUACCUGGUAAUGUGGGGAAUAGGGCUGGGCAACGUCAGCUUUUCAACAUUGCGAGGUAUCACCAGCCCAACAUCGUGAUCUGGCAGUAAUACACUGCAGUGUUGAAACGGAAAGUGGAACAAGCUGUAUUGGCCAUGAGCUGAGGUCAGCACAGCUUCUUCCUCCCGCAGGAUGUUGGGGUCAGAGGGAGCCAGCCAGGCUGUGGUAGCCAAGCGCAGAGUCUGUCAGGCUCUGUUUGCAAGGAUGCCUCCACCUUUGCUUGGCGGGGCAGGCAGAGAGAAAGAGGUAGCCCGCCCAACACACUCCCAUGCCAAGGUGGUGGCGGAUGAGACAAGCGCAUGUGGGCUUGCCUCAGCCGCCACUGCCUUGGCACAGAUGGGGGGAAAGUCUAACUGAACCCCCCCAUCUCUGCUUUGCUUGAGCUGGAGGUGAGGGGCUCUGUUAGACUUCUCCGUUGAGGGGCAGGCAGCUGUGCACCCCUCAACAGAGGAAUUUAAAUGAUCUGCCUGCCCUGCCCGGCCGAUGUAGCUUGUUCUUCCCUCGCUGGUAGGAGGGCCAGAGUGAGGUGUCAGUUUCACCCGGUGGUAUAUUGCAAGUGAAAUCGCCAUUGCUCUUGAGUCCCUCUGCCUCCAGCACCCGGCUGCAGCUUGUUUCUGCUUUGGUGUGCUGGGCACUGGUGGCAGAAGGACAGUAGCAAUGGCAGCACUUGCAAUGUACUGCUGGGUGAAACUGGCAUUGCGGUCUGCCCCUCGUACCAAUGAACAGUACUGAUACAUCACCCAGGCCUAGUUGUGAAGAGUGGUUUCAACCAAGCCUAGGCUGAGGUUUCAGAUCCUGGAUUAUUCUUACUAAUCAGAGUUUAAAGAAACCAUAGUUUCUAAAUUCAGACAUCAACUGGGAACUGUUGUUGGCUACAUUCCUUCAUGGAUAACCUUCCAGGGACCUCCUGAUGCUAGGGAAGAUCAAAUGUGAAAGCGACUUCAGCAAUGGAUGCUGCUCUUACUGUUGUACAGUAGGCUACACUGGGUAUUGAUAUCUGCCUCUCUGUCCAGGCAAGCAAGCAGGCAGUAUCACAGUGCAAUGGCCUGUUUUAGCCCUGCAAAAGCACUCAGCAGGUCUGGUGAGGGGCAUGGCCUGGUGUGGGUCCGGCGGGCUAGUAGCCAUGCUUAAGCUAUGCACUGAAGGUUCCCAUCCCUGGUCUAGGCAUGUAAUAAAUGGCAGUGAAUUGAAGAAGUCCUGUGUUGUGGUUUCCCCUUAGCUCUGGGUUAGACUCUUUUCUCCUUAGAGCCUUUGUGACGUUGGCUUCCCAACCAAGUUGACUUUUCCUCACAGCUGUUGAUGUGUAAUGGAUGCCACAGGGGGAUUAGGGUUGCACAGUGGUCAAAGGCCUGCAGACAGGUGGCCAUCCAGAGCUAGCCCCAGUGCUUCCCCAGCAAGGUAACUGAGGACAUUUUGGGCUUCCGCUCCCAUCGUUGCUUACCACUGACCAUGCUGCCUGGGACUGGUGGGAGUGGUACUCCAGAACAUCUGGUGGACACCAGGCUGAUCUCCGGUGGGAUAGGGAUAGAGGUGAAAGCUAUUUCCUGGUUCUGCUGAAUCUCUCGGUGACUUUCGAUACCGUCAACGAUGGUAUUCUUCUGGACUGUCUAGGAGAGCUGGGAGUUGGGGGCACUGUUAUACAGUGGUUCCGCUCGUUCCUCCUGCGUCGUGCCCCAAAAGUAGUGGUGGGGGAUGAGUGCUUAGACCCCUGGGUGCUCAAUUGUGGGGUGCCUAUGGGCUUCAUCCUCUACCUCUUCAUAUAGAUGCUUUUUAACAUCUAUAUGAAACCUCUAGGAGAGAUCAUCAGGGAGGCUGGGUUUUCACCAAUAUGCAGAUGAUACCGAGCUCUUCCUAUCAUUUAAAUCAGAACCAGGAAGGCAUCAAAUGUGGGUGUCUGGAUACUUUUUUGGGGGGUGGAUGGUGGUCAACAGAUUGAGGUUGAAUCCCGACAAGACAGAAGUACAGUUUCUGGAGGACAGGGCAGGCAGGUGUGGGAGAUUCUCUGGUUCUGAAUGGGGUAACUGUGUCCCUGGGAGUCAUUUUGGAAUCGCAGCUGUCCAUAGUGUCAGCAGGGGAGUCCUUAACUUAUGACACACCCAACUCAAAUCCCUCCCUCCCUCCAGAAUAUUCUGUUUAAACUCUUACAGGCCUGAACAGGUCAAUUUCCUCUCUCUCCUCUGACCCCCAUUUUCCUUGGGGGUGGGGGGCUUGUUUUCAGGCGACCUCUUCAGCUCCAUGUCUCCAUUGCCCAAGUUCUCAUUCUUUUCAACUCCUUUCUCUCCCCCACACCAUAGAGAGAGGAAACGCCUAUAGAAAACAUUAGACAAAUCUAGGAUUUUAGUUCUCCCAUGACUGGGUAGCAGCAAGUCUCUUCCCUGCCUCCCUGAACACAUAGAUCGCAGCAGCGACGGUUGCUCCUAUCUCUGACAUCCCCUUGUAUUAGGUAAGCCCUCAAGACUUUUCCUGUUGCACAUUGACUCUGAAGUAACACAUUCCUCCUCUUUUUCUCCCAGUUUAGUUUCUGGCUGUCUUACACCUCUCUUGCUUCCUUUCCCAUAUUUUGUGCUUCUCCUCUCUUGCCUCAUUUCCAUUCCUUCCCCUCCCACAGCCUGACCUUACGCAUUGCUACUUGGAAGCAAGUCCUAGGAGGUGGGACUGGUACUCAAGGAAGUCUGCAUGGUAGCAGUGUGGGGACUGGGGGGCGGGGAGUUCACACUUAAUUUUAUACUGAUUGUGAUUAUCUUUCCACUUUGUCCUUUCACGGGGCUGCCUCUCCAAUUUUCUGCUGUUAGAGCAGUGCUCUUGUCUUCCCUACAGAAUAAUAACAGGCAUCUGGGAUUCCUUGUGUUGUAGUUACCAAAUGCCAAGAGAAUGGCACUCUGCAUGUGCUUGGGUAUAAACAUGACCUCUUUUCCACUAAUACUAGCAGGUGGUUAAAGGGAGCUCACAGGACACCCCGCCUUGGAAGCUUAAGAGGAAAACUGAGCAGAAAUUCAUACUUUCUAAUGGGAAUGGGGAAUGCUUGCCGUUGAUAACAAAUGGUGUGGGAAAGACAACCUAUCGCUGUUUAGAGGCACCACUUUUAUUUUCAUUCCAGCCUUUCUCAACCUGUGGGUCCCCAGAUGUUGUUGGACUACAACUCCCAUCAUCCCUGAGCUCUGGCCUUGCUAGCUAGGCGUGAUGGGAGUUGUAGUUCAGCAACAUCUGGGGACCCACAGGUUGAGAAAGGCUGGAACUUUAGGCCAUGCUCAUUGAGAAUACCAGACACACCUGAGAAGGCAGCAGCAAGACAUAGCACAGCAGGCACCAAAAAUAAUUGCUGGCAACCAAGCCUAGUCACAGUUUGUCCAACUCUGUUUCUGCCAGGGGUUAGCAACUGGUCCAAAUCAGGCCCUCAGAGGGGUUCUUCCUAGCCCCACCCCCCCAACUAAUGAUGAAAUGUGGAUGGAUGGGGGAAAUGGCACAGAUGGAGCACAGCUGUGGAUCUUGCCAGCUGGGAAAUCUCACUGUGGUCACCUGCCUGUGGAAUGUCCUCUUGGAGGUUCUCCUUAUUGAGUUCUCAAUAGCAUCCUAAAACGCAUCUCUUCGCACAGGUUUUGGGUUUGUUUUUUUAAAGGUAAAGUGCCUAGGAUCUUAACCAGUGAAGGAUGGUUUGAAUAUAAUAAAGUAUUGCUCUGGCAAAACUAGUUUAUUAGUUGAGGCAAUACCUGAAUCCCGCUGUUGUAUAAAGCAGGGUGAUUUAGUUUCAGUUCAAAUUAAAUGGGGCAGGCAAAGCUGGGAUCCAGUGGCUGCUGAAUUAAGUGGCAGCAUCUUUCCACAGCACUAACGUCAGUAACAAAAAUUCCUAUGAGGUUAUUAGGGAAGGUAUGGCUUGUGGAGAGCACUUCUUCCUGGAAUGCGUUUUAGUCAAUGGAGAUGCUACUCCCAUAAGUUGCUAAAUAUAAUACAUGUGUAGGAGAGUCAGUGGUUGCGCUUAAGCUACUCAAUUGCAACACGUUUUAAGGAAAUAAAACACGGAGAGAUAAAAGUAACUUGGCACGCCAUAAGUAUACUGUACAAGCAUUUCUGUUCUUUAGCUGUUAAUUUGAUAAGGAAGGGAGGUAGAAAUUUUACGUAUGUGUAGAGAGCAGUCCUGACAAUGGGCCAUUCACAAAGCAGCAAAGGGUCUGUACAUUUUAUGAAGUGCUUGGUAGUGUUCACAGCAGGGUGGAUAAAAAUCAAUGAUUUUAAAAUAUAUAUAUUAAAAAAUCACAUUUUUAAAAUUUAUAUUGGAUUUUUACAAUAAAAUGCUUUUGGAGGAAAAAUCUUUCAAAAGAUAGUUUUCUAUUUAAGUUACAUUAUAGUCCAAAGGCUAUUCAUCAGGAAAUAAGGAUUUGUUUUAAGUUUUUCAUGUGAGCUAAAACUCAGUAUAAGUUUUUUUUAAAAACCCGUUUAACCACAUCAGUUAACAAACAUGAAUGCAUAUGCUAUAAUGUUAUUGUUUUAGUUAAAUAAAUUGAUUAAAUUGUUAUUAAGGAAAUGAUUAUUUUUCUCUUUCCAAUAAAGUACAGCAGAAACAGUUAACUUUUUAAACCUCACAAUAAUUUCAUAAUUACCUGUCUGUGUAUUUCUAACAGUAUAACCAAAUCUGUUAUUUUUUAUAUACUGUAACUGUAAAAACUACUUUGAAAAUUUAUUAUUCCUGAAAUUUUAUUAUUCCAAAAAUGAAACCUUCAUCUGGUUGUAUAUUAAGAUUAUACCAGUAAGAAUGAGUCUUUCUGUAAAAAAAAAUUAUUUAAAUCAAGUCUUACUGACUAGCAAUUUAAAUUGUGAUUUAAAUCGUGAUUUAAUUUGAUUUGAUUUAAAUCUGCAGAUGAUUGAUGUUUUCUAAAAUGCAGCACUUCAUCCUUGUGUUUGUGCCUGGCCACAUACUCUGUGGCCACAUACUCUGUUUCUUCCUGUGCCUUUUCCUGCAGCUUGAUCCCUAUAGCUGACCAUUAAUGUUUCUGGAAGAGGGCCACAAUUUAUUUUUGCCAGGAACUCAUUAUUGCUCUCAAACUACUUCCCAUUUAGCCACUCCCUUAUUCAUUGAGGACCAUUUUAAAAGCUUGACUAGAGGCUUCAAAAACUAAAAGCUGUAUUCCUGGUCUUGUAUCUGCCAGCAGUUCUCAUGGUGUUGGACAUAUAUUAGUUGCUGAAAUUUCUUGAAGAAAAUGUGCAAUGCCUGAAUGUGCAAUGCCUACCUACCUGGACCUGGCGGUCACCUGAAGCCCUUCUUCCUGUGCCUCCUCCACAAGAGGCCCCGAGGGUGGCAACAUGAGAACGGGCCUUUUCUGCAGUGGCUCCCCAUUUGUAGAAUAGUCUCCCUAGGGAGGUUUGCAUGGUGAAAACAUUCCUCUUCAACCAGGCCUUUGGCUGAUUUGCAGUCUUUUAGAUGUGUGGAGGAAGGUGGGGGUUAUUGGUUGGUUUUGUUCUUGUUUUUAUUAUGUCUUUUGUGUUUUUAUAUUGUAGUUUUAUGCUGUGAACUGCCCUGAAAGCUAUGGGUGAAGGGCAGAAUACAAAAUUAAUAAAUAAUAAUGCUAAUAAUAAAAGUAGCUCAAGGGUGAGUUGAGAAAUACAUUCCCUUGUUCACAUCUCGUGCCAGUUGUGACCUCACUAGAGAGCCCUCAGGCAAGAGAAGAGAAAGCUCAGCUCAUGAAUAUAGGAAGGUGCUGUGUCAGACCACUGGGCCAUCUAUUGUCCAAGCUGACUCCUAGUGGGGCUCCAGGGUUUCUGGCAGGGAGCUGUCUCAGCCCUACCUUGAGAUGCCGGGAAUUGACCAUGCUCUUGUCCCUGAACUAAGCCUACCUGCUGCCAAGCUGACAAGAGAUGGAACCAGGCAGCUUCUUGCCAAGAUCUCCGUCUCCCUGUAACAGCCAUGUAACAUGGCCUGUGUCGCUUUCCUGCCCCAGCCAGUGAGGUAGAGUGGAGAAAUGGCCAAAAUGUGCAACACACAACACCUUGGCACAGGUUUGCAGCCUUCCUCAACAUGGAUGGGAGAAGGGGGAAAUGCCACACUGGGAUGAGCUCCUGUUGAUGGUUAAUCAAUCAAUCAAUCAAUCAAAUUCAGUCUACUUGAACGCUCCCUGGCCUCUUGGCUACUGCAAUUGUGAUGUAUUGGCUUGUUUUUAAUAGCACGUUGAAAUAUCUUGUAUUGAAUUGUUUCACUGUACAUUGUCUUGGUAUUGUUGUCAUUAGGUGGUCUAUCAAUAUUUUAAAUAAAUAGAUAAAUUUGACGCUGCAGCCCCAUAUAGAGUCUGUGACUAAUGCUGCUCUUGGAAGUUCUUGUGAAAUAUUCCUGAAGAGUGUUCCUGUUUGAAAGGGGUCAGACUCAGUUAUUAUUUCUGUCACUUUCAGCCAGGCUGCCUCUCUUGUCUAUUCCUAAUAUUAAUUUGUUACAGGGAUCUCGGUGCAAGUGGAGAGCAACAGCAUUCCUUUAAUGUUGUGCCCCUGUUUUGUUUUGUUUUUGUGUAAGCCACAACUCAGUCGGCCUGUCAGCUUUGGGGGGAUCAGGCUGCUUUUACACUGCAUUGGUGUUGGAUGGAUUAAAGUCUCUCUGCCUGGGAAGGACGGAGCCAGAAUUGAUUUGUGGCUGAGUGUGGCAAUUGCUUCAGGUUCUGGGGCUUUUGAGAAAAUCAGAUUAGCAAAGUGUCACGAACACCAGCAGGAGGCAUGUGGGAAAAUCACCUCAUACUGAUGACUAGCUAAGCCAGGUUGACAUGUAAAUAAGCAGAGGAACCAUGGAUUGCACCUUGGGGGAUGACACAAGCACAUCCUCUCGAGAUGUUGAACUGAAGAGUGUGUAAACAAAGCCACUGAGAAGGCUUCUUUUAGCACAUAGAAGUGGGAGGCCAAAGCUCACUAGUGGAGAAGGCAGAAAAGAGGGUUCUGGCGACUCUUGGACAGAAAUGGGGAGGGGGCCCUGGAGAACCGUUCUUCUGUCUCUGAUAUUCCACUUGACCUGUACCCUCCUGCAACUUGUUCUUUCAGGAGGUUGACCAUGCCUUAGAAGGGGCACUGGGCCAAGUGGCCUUUGAAACCCCUACAGUUAUAUCAUGUCUAAAAAGAAACACGGGACCUGGAAAGCUGCCUGCUCCCUUUUUUUCAAUGGCAGUGACUUUUCUGGGAACGCUGAAAUGGCCCAGCGUAGUCGUGAAGCUGCCUUGCAGCUAACUGUAGGGAGCCAGUCUCAGCGGCAUGGGCUCCCGCUGUCCCUGUCAGCUGAGGGUGCCUGAAGACAGCGAUUCCCUUAGGCUGUGUGGCCACUUUCGUGACAUGCAGCAGGACAAACACGCCUGACUGCUUUGGAUAUAAUCAGACUUAAAGAUCACAUAGUCACAAGAGUGACGUGGAUACACAGGGCUGCAGGCUGGGUUACUAAAGGGAUCUACUGCGUUCUGGGCUGGUGUGGGCCUGGUAUCUCUUGUUCAGAAACCGAGAGCCAGCCUUGUCCUGCCCUGUCUGUCCUUGGAUCAUUAGCUCUCCUCAACAGCUGAUUAGCAUCUGGGAUGGUAAACAGGCUUGUUGUGUUAAGGCUAAUCAGGAACAAAACUGGUUCAAGGCAACUGUUUUAUCUAGAGAGGUGAAAAAAGAUGUAGAAAAAACAGGGUGUUGUUGUUUUUUAAAGCAGCAACUGAGGGGUGCAGAAUGGUUGGGGGGCUGAAGAUGCCCUCCUUACAGGGGUCUAGUGGCACAUUUUCUAAGUGCAGAAGCGCAUUUUGACAGCCUUCAUAGCUGGAAUCCAAAAUAUGAAGGCAGAUAUGUUGAUCCGCUAUGUAGCUAUAUAAUACAUACCUCCCCCCCCCAAAAAAAACCCCAGCUUUACAUAGCAUAAUUGCCUUUUGAUCAGGGUCAUCUGGUGGUAAUAGAAUAGUGAGUAGCAGAGGUGAUCUAGUGGCCAGCCUUUGGGGAAUUUGACUGGGGAGAUUGGGGGGGGGGGUCCCCAUCCCUGAUCAGACAUGUGUUGUCCCUGCAGUCCUGCACAUACUGUUGAGGGAGGGGGCGCCACUGAAUUUAGUGGUGCUUGCUUCUGACCACAUCACUUCAGCUUGUAAAUAUUUCAGCCAGCUGAAAUGCAGCCUUUAUCUUUCAAAACUAGAUGUGCAAACAAUCGUUCAAAGGUUUUAUCUGCUAGCGUGAAGCAGCAACCCUGCCAUCAGAGAAAAGCAGCUUCUGCUUAAACAUCUUCCUCCUGUGCUCAUUUGCCACACAGAGAAAUACUAAAAACGGCUUGCCUGCUUCUGCCUUAAUAGCCUCUUGAUCUUCAGGUUUGCAUUGCAUGCAGCACAAACAGUCACGCCCAGCCCUGGAUCGCUUAUCAAAGUCCAGUUCCAAAUCCAUGCAGCUCAGCUCGGUGUUUGCUCAAAAGCGAUACCCACAUAGUCCAGGCACACGGUGACCAUUUGCAAGGCUGCGUUAAGAGAGGACGCAGAGCCCUUGCAAGAGCAGGGAAGAAGCAGCUUUCCAGGAGGCCGCCUGGCCCCUGUGCAUGAUGCCAUUCAUCUUAGGGGAGUAGACCUGGCCGGCUAGAUGGUGCCCUGGGGAGUUGCAGUCUGACAGGCAUGAACUAGGAUGCGCUGCACUCUCUUCUCUUCUCUAUGACUUGACAGGCGAGAGGACGAGGGAGGGUCCUGGGCUGAGAAUGACAGUCAGCUGAAGGCUGGAUUAAGUUAUAAUGCUUCCCAUUUUGAAACUCAAGUUUUCUGAGCAGGCAGGAAUAUCCUAACUUUGCUGUAAUGGAAAAAUGCUGGUUCAUAUAACAAAAGAGAUGGCUUAUACAACCUUGGAACAUAGUCCACCAGGACUGCAGAAUUUUGUUGCUUAGAGACAAGACACCGAUUUCUGCUUGUUUUCUGGUAGGGAUGCCGUCGUGUACAAUUAGUUGAAAACAUUUUAUUUGUUUGUGGGCUUGUCAAAUGGGGGUGGAGGCCUGGAAUGUAAAUAGUGCUUGUUUGCUUAACUGCAUUCCUGUGCAUAAAUAUAUUUAAAGCAAUUCCCAUUGAUCAAAAAGCUGAGUUUAGUCCUAAGCAAACAUGCGAAGGAUCAUGCCCAAGUGUUCAGAAAUGUUCACAAGCAAGGGCUGUUAGCCACCAGGCAAAAUAGUGUUUCUCCAUGAGAUGAAAUGUAAAUGCUUGUGCUGACAGUUUAGUUAUUCUUAAUUUGCAAACUGAACAUAUUGCAGAGCUUGGAGGCUUUAAAAUAGUAUGCAGUCAUCUUCACAGCUGUGUGGACAAUCCUGGUAAGAUUCAGGGUAGCAUCUUCUAGAUCAGGCAUAGGCAAACUCUGCCCUCCAGAUGUUUUGGGACAACAAUUCCCAUCAUCCCUGACCACUGGUCCUGUUAGCUAGGGAUGAUGGGAGUUGUAGUCCCAAAACAUCUCGAGGGCCGAGUUUGCCUUUGCCUGUUCUGGAUCCUUGCUGAUCUCUGCAUCCACUAGAAAAACAUAAGAAGUAUUUGACUUAUUUAUAUUAGGGGGGCAUAUCUUCCCAUGUCCAUGAUGUGUGUAUGUAUAUUUGUAUAAAGAUGUAUACCCGUUGAUUUAAUUAUGUUUAAAUUUUGGUUGCUGCUUUGAAAUUGAACUGGAAUAUUUCCUGAAAGAGUACUAGCAUUUAGAUCUAAUGGCUCCUGGAGUCGGGCAUAGUUUGGGCUGUGUAAGUUUUGUGCUUUAUCAUAAUACUCAAAAUCAUGUGCUUGACAAAACUUAAUUCUGUGACUUCUGUGUAUCAGGAAAACAGCAGUAUUUACUUUCUGCAAAGUCAUGGAAGGGUUGCAGAAUUCUGUACAAAGCAUUCAUGCGCUACAUCUGAUCACUGGACACAUGAGUCCUUGUCAGUCAUGGUCUGAAUAUUUUCUGAACCCUGUUUGUACAACCUUAGUGGGUAGGAAUUUGCUCUAAUUUAAAAAGAAAAGCAGAGACCCUUGGCAUGCCUUCUUCUGUGUGCAUAACCCUGGGCAUCAAUCAUGCAUUGAUGUUGUGUGUCUCUCAAGACAUUUGCAUGCCUAAGCCACAGCUCUGCUUGGGGAGAUUUACUGUGUAAAACCUAUGACUGACUAGACUGACUUAGAGAGCCUUAUGGUAGGAGAUCAGUUUGUGAGGGACAUCACGAUUAAGUAUUUUGUAUACAAAAGUUGCUGUUGAAAUGGCUGGUGGUAACGCAUGUUCCUUAUGUACGUCAAAGUAAAAUCUGUCUCUGUCCUUAGGAAACACUUGGCAUUCUACAUGAACUACGAAAACCCUCCACCAUAUCCUGGCCCGGGCCCAACUGCCCCAUACCCACCUUACACCCAUCAACCAGGUGGACCACCUGUUCCUGGUCCCUACCCUGGCUAUGCACCAGAGCCUGCAGGGCCAUAUCCAGUAGGACAGCCAGGCUACCAAGGCUACCCAGCCUAUGGAUGGCAGAAUGCUCCUCCACCUCCGGGACCAGUCUAUGCAGAUGGACCUAAGAAUACAGGUAAUAUUGUCUGCUGUACGCAUGGAGCUGCGCUGCUUCAUGGUUUUUCAUGAAGGUUUCCCCCUUCUGUUACAGAUCUGAAGCAAUGUGUAUGUUUGUUCCAGUCCUCUGAAUAAAGGGGCUUGGUAACAACGUGAACUUGGGAGGAGGGUACAUGUGCUCUGCUCCAUCUUGUUUGUUCUUUUGAAAGAGGAAGAUAUUUCUGUUAUGGUUCUCCAUAAUUGGAGAAUAAGUUGGUGGCCACUGGCUUCACUUUACCUGUAGUUACAUGGUAAAAUGUGUGACUUUCUGACCGUAGCAAUUUGCUAUCCUUCUGUAAAUUAAGUUCCAGCCCCUUUUAUAAUAGGUACCAUUGACACCUAUUUUAAUGGUUGUUACCUGUCCUGGACUGGCAGGUACUGUCUUGAGAUACUGUAGUAUCUUCCUCUUUUCUUCAGGCCCUGUGGCAAUAGGUCACUGCAGAGAAUGCUGAAGAGCAAACGCAUUGGUGUUUGCACAGUAGCAGCCUACUCCACGUUCCAUGGGUGUUUUUGAGGAUGGGCUGGGAUUCUUUGCUUUAAAACAAACCCAAAUUCAGUGGCUAUUAAAUUAUAGAAGAUAAGGCAGUUAAAUAUAUGAAGAUUAGGCAACUUUUAAAAUUAGUUCAUGUGACUUGCAAACGCUACACAAGUCUUUCCUGAAACAAUGGAGGCUGCGUAAUAUUGGGACUUCCAGGGUUGUGUCAUCCCUCAGCUGAGGGUGUUUUGCAUAUAGAGGGAAAUAGUCACUCUCCUGUGUGAAAUCCCAGGUAGCCAUUACUGUCACUUCAUGUGUCAGGCUUGAAGAAAAGGCUCCUCCCUUCUCUGGGGGGGUUCCUUGGGGCUCCUUCCUAGGCCUGUUCUCCACAUUGUCUCUUCUCUGAUGAGCUGAAGGACGCCCAAUGCUACCUCUCUAACCCAGACACUCCUGCUCAAUAGAUCCUGCUGUUCCUCUCUCUUCAUGCAUUACCUUGACUUCUGCAACCUUCUCCGCUGGCUUCCUGUGUCCCUACCUAGAUCUUUUCACACCUAUCUCAAACUCUGUGGGCAAAGCUGUUGACUUUUUCUGUACUCUGUCUCCUUUCAUUAACAUCCAGCAUAAACUUCCUGUCCUUAGAACAUGGUCCUGCCUUUUCCCAUUCUUCUCUGUCUUCUGAAUGUGUCCUCCUCUUCCAGACAUCUCUCAGAGUUAUUUCUCUGAGCAAAAGUGUGAUUCUUUCUUCCAUCGUUAAAAAGCUCUUUUAACUCACCUUCUCAAGAACGCAGCACACCUUUAAAGCACAUCCUCAAGGAAUUCUGGGCACUGUCGUUGGUUAGGGGUUGCUUGGAAUUGUAACUGCAGGGGCAAACUACAGUGUUCAGAAUUCUUUGAGGGAAAUGAUGAGCUUUAAAGGUAUAGUGUGUGCACAGGUUUUUUAUCACUUAAUCCUCAUGCCCAGCCUAAAAAUGUGUAAUUGCAUUUGCUUGCAUGUGCAAACUGCCCUUAUUUAUCCCUUCUCCUCCCUCUGUCUUUCCUGCUGUCAAAAUGCAGGUUGUCAACACCUGGGAUGCUUGUUUGUAUCACAUCCUUUCCCCCACUGCUAUGUUUCUGUUACUGCUGUGUAUGUUGAUGGCAUUGCAUCAAUCUUCCCUCUAAAUUUGGGGGGGGGGUAGGAGGUGGCUGCUGGCACGACAAAGUGCCUGUACUUAGGCAGUGCAUCAAAAAAUGUGCCCAGGCGCUGUGUUGAAUGCAAAAAUGUGCAUUUUCUUUUCAGUGGGUGGCUGUCUGCUCUGCUUGUCAUCUUCCAGCCCCACUUUCUUCCCCCAUACUGCACAUUCUGUCUCUGUCUGUAGGUCUGGACUCUUGAGUUCUCCCUUCUCUGCAGCUGAACGUUUACCUGAGACAGUCCUGUCCUUAAGGUUCCACUGUAAAAAUCUGCCGGGCUCUCUUUACUUCCCUUUCAUUCUAAAAAGAGCAAUGUGCUCUUCAAAGUUCCCGGAAUGAAAGCCCCAUAUUCCUGCAGCUACACCACCACCCUCCCAGGUAACUAGGCAAGGAGAAAGGUUCAGGAGAAGAGUGUAGAGAACCCAGAGGAGGCUACUGUCUAAAUACCAGUUGCAGCAUCAGGUCUUGGCCUGCAUGUGUGAAAAAAGCAGAGUCAGCCAGCGCACAGAGCCAUAGACGGUGCGCACACUGAAGUGUUAAUGUGGAUAUGGCUUGCACAGUUCCAGUGUUUCCAACGGUGUGUGUGUGUGUGUCACAUGUUCAUCCAUACAUGAGGGCUAUCAAUCGAAAACUGUCUCAGUGUUUCCCAUCCACACUAGUGGGAAAUUAUUGAUGGGAUGUAUUAAUACCGUGAAUUGCUGUCCCCUCACCUCAAUUACUACCUCCACACCCUCCCUGUGUUCCAGAUGCCUGAAGUCCAUUGUGUCAUCUGCCAGCUGUGGCCCAAUGGCAAUACCUGCAGUUGUUCAAUGUCUUUAUAAAUAACUUGGAUAUAGAAAUUGAGGGGAUGCUCAUCAGAUUUGCAGAUGAUACUAAACUGGGAGAGGUAGCCAAAAUCGCCAAAUACAGAACCAGCAUUCAAGAUGACCGUAACUGAUUGGAGAACUGGGCCCAAACUAACAAAAUGAAUUUCAGUAGGGACAAAUGUAAGAUUCUACACUUGGGCAGGAAGGACCAACUGCACAAAUGUAAGAUGGGGGACACCUGGCUUACUAGUAGUACACGUGAAAAGGAUCUAGGGGUCUUGGUGGGACACAAGCUUAACAUGAGUGAACAAUGUGAUGCAGCAGCAAAAAAAGGCUAAUGCUAUUCUAGGCAGCAUCAAGUAUAGUAUCCAGAUCAAGGGAAGUAAUAAUACCACUCUAUUCCGUCUUCCAUUCACAAGUGGUGCUGCCAGUGUAUUUAUUGGCCACCCAUAGCCCAGUAGGAAGAGUUCAGUUGGGGCAGAGCCAGUGAGGGGCCCAUUUGAGCUCCUGGGACCCUUGACCAGGGCCCAGCCUGGAGGACCGCUUGCACAGGACCUGACAGAAUGGACUCCUUUUCCUUUCUAUAUCUAUGUGGCAUUAAGUGAAGGAUUCCAGUAUUUCAGGAAUUAUUAAUUACAAAAUUAUACGUGUAAUGCUAGCUAUUACAGCAACACAUUCCGAAGCCUCUCUGUUCCACAUGUCCUUAAAGCUCAUUUUCAUUUUAUUGCAGUCUCAGGUUAUAAACUGACUGCAGGGAAACAAGAGGUUCAAUAAUUCAUAGGAAGAUAAUCUUCCUGCGGUGACAAAGAAGGGAUGGAGUUGGGGUGAAGUUUGCAAAUAUAUUGGCACAACAGUUUCUCUUGGUAGAAAGUCAUAUAAGAUGUUAGAGCAACUUUUUAAAUUUAGAAAACCAUUCAGGAUUGGGGCUAGUUAAAGGUGUUGUGCUUAAGGAUGAACAGUAAUGCUUAAAAUGCUUUUGUAUUGCUUAACAGGUUUGGUAUCUUUUGGAUCGCCCUAUUUUAUUCUGUGCUUUAAUCAAUGAGAAUAGAUUGAUGUGGCAGAAAUAUGAUCAGGUAGAAGAGAAUAGGUGUUCCAUUUACACUUUUGAUUGUCUGCUGGUAGUGUCAUGGUUUUGCUUGGUAGUGAUCCUAAUUUCAUUAACUUUACUAUAUUAUUGUCAUGUCUUUGUCAUUUUAGCAGCCUCGGAAUAGAAAAGCAGCACAGAAGUAAUUUGAAAUGUACAGACCUUGUGAUUCAUGAGGUAUCAGAGGCCAGCGCUUCACCUUUAUUUGACACCCCAUGAGUCACAAAAGUUAAUUCAUGAAAGGUUUUGGAAAUUUGCAAAGUAAAUUUAAAUCAGUUGAAAACAGUCCCGUCCCCGUCCCCCCGGAAAUCCUAUAUAUCUCUUACUUUUUGAAUUUAUGCAGUAACUAAUUAGGGAAGUAAGGAACUCUCCUACGUUGAUGUUGGGGGGGGGAGUUAUGUAAAAUAGCUGAAAUUCUAGUUAUUAAAUGUAUAUUGAAGUAAAAGAAAAAUGGACAACAAAUAUAGUAUAAAAUUCUAUUGAACACUGAGUUUAUUUAUUAUGAUGUAAGUUAUUUUAUAGUGUUUCUGUAUUAAAAUAAUUUUAAAUAUGCAUACAAGCAGUCAGUGAAGAUAUUUAAUAAAGGGAAUGUUGUCUUGGCAUUGUACAAUCCAGUGGCUGCCAAAUUGGUUCUCACUGGUCCCAGGGCACCCAGGAUUUCCUUCUCUAAUGCCCUGAGCAAAGGUCCUGGACUCUGAACUCGCAUAGAGAAAGCAGGCUCCCAGCUCUCCUAAGGAGAAAUGGAUGAAGCAAAAUGUGCAGGUUCCAGGCCUUCUAAGUGUUUUCUGUGAAGUGAGUCAACCUAAGUGAGUUAGCCAGUGAAUGAUUGAUAAGUUGUUUGAACACCAGGCGAAAGGAAUCCCUGGGGUGGGUUCUGUUUCGUCCUCUCCUUUAGCGUAAUUUUCCUGCUUCUGCCUUACUUCUCUGUAGCUUGCCUUUCUUUCCUUUUUCCCUGUUUACCAGGAUGCUUCUUUCCUGUGGUGGUUUCAUUUGAAAAUAGGUACUCUCUAGAUAUUUUCUGUAAAUACUACUGCACAAUAAGUCUUGGUGAAUUUUAAAUAAUUCCCCCAACCUCCAAAAAGGCAAAUAUGAAAAUUUUUCAGAGAAACUUAAGCACUCACUGAGAAUUCACAUGGCAUACCUAUCAACUCAGAAUUAAGUCGUUUUGUAUUUAAUAGGCAUUUAAAGGGUAUAGGAUGACAGCCUAGAGUUUGAUUUAGGAUUGGUGUUGUGGGGAAACAGUUCCUGGACGUGGCAGACAUAAAUUCAACAGGUCAAUUCUUUCAUUGUAUGAGAAUACAAUUAUGGGGAAAGCUUGUAAUUACAAUGAUCCUUGCUUUCCAGAUGGGAAUAGGCCACAUCAUGUUUUUUAUCCAGCCUUGGAAGAGUUAGUUUAACCUGGCACGUGGGCUGUGGUUUUUUAAAACAACAACAACAUGUGCAUCUCUUCUUAGAAAGGAAAAGGUUCUGUCUGUCUGCACUCCGUGCUGGCUUCGUACAGGUUGCAUUUUAAGUGACAUUUGUGUGGUCAAACAGGCGCAGAGAAACGAAGACACCUGGGAUUGCAGUCUCUCCUCCCCUGCCCCUUCCGCCUCCUGUAUUUUUCAUUUUCAUGAAACAGAAACUUAAUCUGUAUAACAUUUUAACUGGCUCCAACCAGAUUAUGCAAUAAAGGAAUUAUGCAAUCCUGGAUUGAUCUCCAGCUUAAAGGAAAACAAUUGCUGGCAAUUCAGGACUCCUAGUUCUCUACUCUGCCUUUUCCAACAAGAAACGGAGACCAAUCAGUGUGAGAAACUGGGAGAGAAAAGCUCUUUGCCACGUGGCUCCUGGAACCCGGGUUACAGGUGCAAAAACAGAAUGGCUAGUUGCCUCUCUUCCCACCCCACCCCCCCAUGCAGUUGCACUUUCUAUUUAUUUUUCCAAAAUACAUGAACUAAUGCACAAUUCACAUCAGUGGCACAUUGAUAAUAUCACAUUUUUAAUAGCAAUUCGUAAUUGGACACCACAAACAUAAAUGUGGCACAGCCCUGCAGUUGUUGCCAAAGCUAGACAUUAUUUGAAUAAUAAAUAUUAACAAAUACCAGAAUGUAUGUGUGUGUGUGUGUGUGUGUGUGUGUGUAUAAACACAUGUGUAAUGUAAAGUAUUGUGCUAGAUUUACACUCUCCCUGAAAGAACAAGUUCAGAGCUGCUCGUUUCCUGGAUCUGUUUUUGUGCUGGAGGCACAGGUUGGUUUUUGCCACUUUAGGCCAAGACAAUCUAGCACUGGACAACUUACAGGUGUGUGGGUAGUUUACUAUUGUUGACUUUUUUCUUGUAGAAUCUUGCACAAAACAACUUGUAAGGUUGCUCUGGCAACAUUCACACUGUGUGUGUAAGUUUUCUAUCUCGCUAAGCCAAAUAAGAUGCUUUUAUAAUUGAGAAAUACCUCCACUCUUAUCGUAUAUUUGGUUUUUCCUUAUAAUAAUGUGCAUGCCAUUUUGUCUUUAACAAGUCAGUCAGCUGAAAUAACCAGUCAUUACAAAACUAGAAAUAACCAAGUUGACAUGGGUGAUCCCCAGCCCAUUUCAUGCAAUAAAUGUUUGAUCUGUUAGGCUGCUAGAGGAAACAAAAAUCUUAUACAGUAUAGGCAGUAGUCAUUUUAGGCACGUCCGAUAUGUGCACGACCAGGCACAAGGGCAUUGCGCCGAACCGGGAAGUGACUCCAAAAUGUCAGAAAAGGGGUGGGGGGAACGGGGUGUUUGCAAGCUUUUCAAUGGUGUUUCAGAUAUACAUGAUUUCACUUAAAUGUGCAGUGCCUUGGAACGUAUCCCCUGUGUAAAGUGGAAGUUGCUUGUAUGUAACAUAUUUAUCUUUAUUAACCAGUAAAUAACAGGUUUUCUUGCUAUAGUUCAAAAAGGAAACUGUCUAAAAAAAUCUUUCAAAAACCUGUUCCUAGGGGAAUUAUACAUUCCAGGGGGAAUAUAAACUGUAGCUACAAAUGCAUAAAUUCAUUGUAUUUCCCCUCCAAAUAUAUUUGCCUCAUUCAGCCACAUUUUCUCUUAAACUAUGGUUAAAUAUUGAACAUGCCUCUCCGCUGCCCUCUGCGUGCCCUUUUGGUUUCUCACCCUCCUGGUGCAGCUGAAGGAAGCCGGAGUAGGUCUUGCCAUCCAUCCAUAGACCUGAGUCAGCCAGAAGUAAAACGAGAACAAACCUUUGCAAGUGGCAGAAGCUGCGUGGUCAUGAUUAAGCCAUGGUUUAAGACAAACCAAGUUGUGCUGUGUGAACCAGACCACUGUGGGCAUAGCAUGGGAGCUCAAAGCUGUAGAUGGCUUUCCUUUUAGCACCAAUGGAUAAUUCAGAAAAGUAAUCUGGAAGACCAUGAUCAGAUUCAGUAGAAAAAAGAAAUGGUGGAAACGAUAUAGUUUGAAGAUAACAUCUAGUUAACAGAAGAUCCCCCCCCCUUUAAUACCCAUUUGUAGCUAUAGGGGUGACAACCCUCAGAACAUCUGAAAUGUAAGGACAUCAUACAUGUAAGGAAGGGUUUCACAGUGAUUACCCCAACUUUAUAAAUCAGCCCCAAAUAGCAUUUGGGGGGCAACUGUGUGUGCCAUAUGCUCCAAAUCCCUUGCUCUUCCUUUCUAAAGGUAAAGGGACCCCUGAGCGUUAGGUCCAGUCGUGGACGACUCUGGGGUUGUGGCGCUCAUCUCGCUUUACUGGCCGAGGGAGCCGGCAUACAGCUUCCGGGGCGAACCAGAGCAGCACAUGGAAAUGUUUUACCUUCCCGCCAGAGCAGUACCUAUUUAUCUACUUGCACUUUGACAUGCUUUCGAACUGCUAGGUUGGCAGGAGCAACGGGAGCUCACCCCGUCGCAGGGAUUCGAACUGCCAACCUUCUGGUCGGCAAGCCCUAGGCUCUGUGGUUUAACCCACAGCGCCACCCGCGUCCAUGCUCUUCCUUUCUACCUUUAUAUUUAAAGUGAACUUGAGCAGCCCCCACUUCCUGUUAGAGGACUGUCCUCUGUAAAAUAGGGCACAUGGCCCCACUUUGCUGUAAUUUCAACCAGUACAGAAGCAAGGCAGUUUGCACCCUGGACAGUACUGGAGAAAACACAGCUUCAUAUCUCCUGGUGGCAAUUGGAGUCCCACAUGGUAGGUUCAAGAGUGACCCAAGAAUGGAAUUGUGCAUUUAUAAAGAAAAUCCCUGGAGUGUGUGCCUGUUAAACAGGUGUUUGUUGAUAGAGGAGACACUAAUCUGCGCCCCGCCCCCCCGCUUACGUUAUUAUUUUCUGGUAGCUAAGGGGGAACUUUGACUCCCCAUUGAGCACAGUGCCUUGCCUUGCUUGGAAGGAGGAGCUUGGUGAGUAAAAAGGCUUAGUAAUCUGAGUGUUCCUUCCCAAGAGCUUUCUCCUGUAGGUAAACAAAGCAGAUGUUCAGUGCCAGUCCUAUAAUUAGGCUGCCCCAUAAAGUUGGGAAUUAAUUUAUUUUUUAUUUUAUUCGGACAAAUGGCUAUUUCCUGUUUUAGGUAAGUCGAUGGUUUUGUUCCAAGAGCCUCUUUUCUUGCAACUUGCAUUGGCUAAGCUGAUCCAGCUUCCCAGGCGCAUCUAACUUUUCACAGUACAAGGGAACAUUUCUAAAAAUCAAUUUUCUUAGGUUAAUCAUUAGCUAAUCAUCCAGUAUGGGCAGAAACCAAAUGUGUGUACCCAAGAUAAAGGUCUCUGCAGUAAGACAAAGGUAAUGCAGUUUUUUAAAUAAAAAAAACACACCCGUGAAUAUUGUUUACAUUGUGUGGACUGGUACCUGGUGUAUGUCUCAACACCCAGAGAUGAUUAAGCAUAGCGCUCUUUUCUCUGCAGCUGAUUAGAUAAUGAACUUACAAGGUGGUGGGAGUGGCAGUGGUUCGGAUUCAGAAGUGUUUUUUCUGCCUUUAGGACUCCAGGUAGGAAGUUUUUAACUAUAUCCGCUGCCAUAAGUGGCUCGGUGAGUUUCUAGGAAGAAUCUGCUUUAUUGGUUUUAGGAAAGUAACUGAUUCUAGAGUGGUAGUUCUGAGCUUUGGGCCUGGCUACAAAGGGCUGCAUGGCUUGCAAAUUUCAGUUCUCAGGAUUCUCACAGGUGAGGUGAGAUCCUUCUGAUAUGCAGAGGUGAGUGCCUUCCACUUUCAUGGAGGUAGUGUUUUUGCCUUGGGCCUGGUCCAAAAUGUGAACAAAUAUGUUACUUUUAUAAUUAAAAAUAUUCAUGAGUAUUUCUUGACUGCCUCAUCCGGAAUUCUCUAGAUAAUAUACAAUCUCAAUAAAACAAAGUUUAAAACAUAACCAUAAUGUUAUCAAAAUCCAAAUUAAAUCCAAAGUAGCACAGAAGAAUUAAACAAUUGCCAACACAAAGAUCGCUUAACACAUUUGAUGUAGAAACUGCCUCAAAUUAAAACCCAGCCUAAGGUACACAAGAAGCUGGCACAAAGCAAGCCAGUGUAACGUUACACCAGAUCUGAACUCUGUUCAUCCCCAGGGCUACUAAUCUUGCUAUAGGAUUGCUCCCCCAAAAUACUAACAUCAAUCAUAUUAAGACAAUAAAUACUAAGGAGUCUUCAGUUGAUAUUAAAAUGAUGUUAAGAGCAAUUAAAAGCAAGGUUGUGAGCUGAAAUUCAGUCUUGCAAGAUUCUGCACAUAAUCAGUGAAGUUAUUACAACUGUUGCAUCUUGUGUUAGUAGCUUCACAUCAGCAGCACAAACUUCAGCCAAAUGAAGAGUUUUUGUUCCUCAGCCUUUUUCCAACUUUUUCCACAUUUCUGCCAAUAGUGAGUGACACCAGCCAACAAAAAGCCUCCUCCUUUGUGUUUGGUCUAUAGUUCAAGAGAUCCCUUUCCCAGUUCUGUCUGUUGCCUGGGGUCUCCUUUGCGUGGGGAGAGCGUUGCAAUAGGUUCCUGCACCUUGUUUGUCCUGCUACAGAUGCCCCAUAUGCCUGCUCUCCCUCCUAGCUGGGCUACUUGCAGCUUCUGGGCUUUGUCUCCACAUAAGGAAAAUAUGUAGAACCCAAAUAGUUUAAGGGAGGAGCCAACUCCAGGCUUGCCUUGUGUGCUGGGCCAAGGGUGGGUGGUGGCGGCAGCAGACUCUGCAUCUUCAGACAUGCAUCUGCUGCAACAACAUCCAAAGCGUGUUUGUGGGGGGCUGCAAUUUGCCCCAAGUAGAAGGGUGCUGAACCCUCUUGGCACGCUGCUUUCCCUUCUGCAGCUCUCCUGCCUUCCAGGCUAGCACACUGUGGGGACCUAGCUGGGAGUGGGCAGGAGGGGAGAAGGACGGACUACAGGCUAAUGUGAGAAGUUUCAGGGUCCCCCCCCCCUCUACUGGGGCAGUCAGUAGGCAUUGUGCACAUCUCUGCCUUCUGGUAGACAUGAUGGGGCAGAUGUGCAUCUUGCUGACACAAGUCUCUCACUGCUGCAUGUAUUUUGGGGUUGGGGGCUUGAGGCUUUCAUCACAUUCCCUAGGAAAGUCAGUGUUAUAGGUGGGCAAUAUGCUAAUGUGAUAUAAAAAGGUAAGCUGUAAUAAUGCUAUUCCGUAGCCUGAAACCCUGGCCCUGUGAUGGAGUAGGGAGUCUGGCUGCAAAGGGUAGGGGCAUACCGUAACCACUUCUGACAGGGUGGUACAAAUCCAAACACACACCAGUUGGGAUGGAUCUGGGAAUCCGAAUUCAACUAAAGCAGCCCAUAAUGUGAGUUGGGUUCAUUGUGCAAAAAAGCACCUGCAUGACCCAGGCAUGUCCACGGUGAGGUUUUGGUGAUAACUGUAACACACACAGGCAGCAGCCCUUGCUGGGAUGCUGCUGCCCAUACUCUUGGAUUAUGUCAUGCUGCUUCUAUAGGAAGACAAAAAACCCAAGAAAAUUCUGGAGGAGUUACACUUUUCAGAAUCGGAAUUCUCAAAACUGCUAGCACAUUUGCAAAGCUAAGCAGAGUCUGCUAUGGUUUCAAAUUGGAUGGGAGACCAUGUGUUGAGAUUCUUGCAUUGCAGGGAGUUGAACUAGAUGACCCUUGGGAUCCCUUCCAACUCUGCAAUUAAAUGAUUCCAUUAAAACCCUUGUUGAUUGAUCCAGAACAAUGAAAAUACCUGCUUGCUGAGUCCUCUUUCUGGCUAGUGGCCCAUCUGCCUGCAUGGGACCGGGAGGGGUCCAGAGCCCAGGCACCCUGACAUGACCCAGAUUUGAUUUAUUGAGAGGCCUUGGCUGAGUUGCCACCUUGCUUCCUUCUCUUACGAGGGCCAAAUACAGCCAAUCAGAAGGCACAAAGUAAAGUUCUAUUGCUUUCAGCUCACCCUAUGGCCUUUUCAGCCUCCCAAAAUGAUCUUUGCCUCAGCUACCUCUGCCUGCCAAGCUACCCCUUCUCUUUCCAGGGUCUGUUUCCCUGUAGCCCAGAUUAAGAUUACAACUGCCUGGCCCAAUAGGUGGGGUGUUGUGUUGAAAGAUCUUUAGUCUAUUCCAUAGUUUAAAAGGGGGUGGGGACCAGUUAGGGGCUUGAGACUGGGCAAGAACCUUUGCAGAUGGACCAGAGGGACAAUGCGGAUGGUGGCAGUUGGAGAAUAUGGUUGGAACGAUCUGUGCAAUAUAUAUUUUUGACCUAUGCAAAGCAGCAACUCUCCUUCUCCAAAUGUCCUCAAGUUGUUUUGGAGCAUGCGAGCUGAGCUCUUGUUACAGUGGCUGUUGGCACAGGAUCACGUUUCGCUUGCCUCCAGCUUCAGGGGCUGAGCCACACGCACUGCCUUUUUAUUUCAGGGGUGCAGCAAGUGUAAAGUUUUUGACAGGGCUUUGGAGCAGAAUUAGCUGCAGGUGAGAGGCCUUGCAAGUUUUAUCAACAACUUUUGGCCAGCAAAGUGCGCGCUCAAAAGUCUUGCUUUUGUGCAUUUCAACAACUUCUUAGUUCACUUAUUGGCUUCUGCUACUGUUUUAAUAUAUUGGUGUGGUGAGAUGGUUUGGAACAGGUGUGCCAUACAAUUUAACUCUGGAUGUUUAUUUUAGUGCAAUUGGUGCAAUUGUUUUAGAGUUUGUGUUAGUAAUGAGUAUUUGUGUUUCUUUUUGCAAUCGUUUUUAUGCUUGUAAACAGCUUAGAAUCCACUUUGGCAAUUAAACAGUAUAUAAACUGAUAACAAUUGGGAAGGGUGGAGAAGAAGGCACCCGAAUAAAUGAUUUUAGGUGGGGGGAGAGGUCAAAAUGGGGCAAGAGCAGGUGUUGAGCUACCAGGUGAAGGAAAGGGCAGGUGAGACACUUGAUGCCUGUUUUGUCUUCUGGACUUGCCCUCAGCCACAGUAUCCCUGAGUUCUACCAGCUUCUAAGGUCAGCUGGUGGUGCUAUUAAAUGCCGGGUCAUUCCAUAAUGAGAUCUUGCUCGCACGUACUUUAAUCCAAGACCACCCCAUCCCACCAGGUGUAACCAGCUUGCAUUACUGAGACCUGGGCACGUGGGCUGGGACAUGUGGGCCACUCUUUCUGGCUCAGCAAAAGCAAAGGGCCAAGUGGUCUGGUGGUCAUCCAGAGGGAGCCCUUCUUUGCUCUCCAGCAUCCCUGCCUACCUUGUGAUGGAUACUUGUGGCGGAUCGUGGGUUCCGAUGGUGAACUUUCCUCCCCUGCUACUGAGCAGGUUUCCUCCCUUACCUGACUGGGAUAGUCCCAGAAUUUAUGUUGAGGAUUUUAGUAGUAAAGGCUCUGGGAGGCCUCAGUAUUCCUGUCUCAACCGGAGGGUAUCAAUACUUCAUGGUUGUCAUGGCAACCGUUAGGUGCUCAACAUUGUCUCGAAACCAUUGGAGUGUGGUGCUCCAAAGAUUUGAGCUAUGAGAGUCAGUAUGCCAGUGACACCCAGGUUCAUCUCUAGUAAGUGGGGGUCGGCAAGGUAAGAAUAAGGAGAAGAAACGCAUAGAAGGGAGAAACGGCUCGGGGGGGGGGGGCAGCCUAUCAAAAUGUUUUUGUUUCAUAUUUAAGAUGCAAUUUCUUAAAUGUUCACUCAGAUUAAGAAAAACUGUUCUCUCUCAGGAACCUCUAACCGAGGGUUACUGUAUGUUUCUCCAGUCCCCACCUCAUCUUGCAAAUAGCGAGUUUGGGAGUGCUGACGUGCACCCUGAGGAAUUUUGAAGUACAGUGGUACCUCGGGUUACAUACGCUUCAGGUUACAGACUCCACUAACCCAGAAAUAUUACCUCGGGUUAAGAACUUUGCUUCAGGGUGAGAACAGAAAUCGUGCUCCAGCGGCACGGCAGCAGCAGGAGGCCCCAUUAGCUAAAGUGGGGCUUCAAGUUAAGAACGGUUUCAAGUUAAGAACAGACCUCCGGAAUGAAUUAAGUACUUAAGCCGAGGUGCCACUGUAAACAAAAAAAGUCUGGAAAUCUUGGAGUUCCCACUGCCUUCUGUCACUUGGCCCACAUGCUUUGGUUGCCAUCAGCUCCAGCCAGCAUGGCCAGUGGCUGCGGAUGAACGGACAUUGUGCACAGCAGCUUUGAGGGGGCCCAAGGCUCUCCCCCUCCCCCAGUAACCCCUGGGCUCUUUGAAUCCUUUCAGAUUUUCUGCCUGCUUUACAGGAGUGAAACAUCUGUUUGCAUCUGGUUCCACGUCACUAAAAGUGGCAGCUUGCAUAGUCUCUGAGCCCAGAGUGACACUGUUUCAACAGAGCACUUGGGCCGAGAGAGAAGAGAGCAGGAGCUCCCCUUUGUCCCCAGUGUGUGAUCUUGCAAAACGCUCCCAUUGGAAACAGAGCCGGCUAUCAGCUUGUGUUCUGCAAUGAAGUUUUACUGCCUGUUGUAUCUAGGAAUCCUUCAGCCUCCCAGCCUCAGAUCAAAGAUCUCUCUAAGCUGUUAUUGUCUUUGUGCAAUGUUUGAAUCUCCUGACUGCCUUCCCGGCCCCUGCUGACUUUACAAAGAUCAAAAUGCUGUAGACCCACCCAACAUACUUUUUUCCAAUCCGGAAUGCUCCCUUACUUAUUUCUAAAUGGAGUUGCGUCUAAUUGUGGAACUAGUUAGUCACACUUUGAGGCUAUUUUUAUCUUCUUUCUCCCCUAAGAGCCAAGAGGCGGCCAGAGUGUCCAGGAUGCCUGUUCUUCCUCUGGUCAGAGAGGCACUUGAACGAGCACAAGUGCUGCCCUAGAAUUGCAAUUUUUAUUUCCCACCCUCUUUUCUUUGCCCAAGUGCAAGCACUGAGAAGCCCAGGACUGUGCGUCUUCCCCACAUUCGUGCUUCUCCCCACAUUCGUGGCUGUGUUGCCCCCAGUCUCCUCAUUCAGCUUGUGUGCCAUCACACACACUCCAUAGUGAGCAGUUGUGCCAUAUGGGGUGGGGAUUUUACCAUAGGAAGUUGGAAAGGGAUGGCCCCUUCAUCUUUAGGGAGAAAACAGCCGUUCUGUAAAUGUAUUUCCAUAUCUCAAAGCUUGCUUUUGCUGGCAGUUUUUCCAAACUCCGUUAUUCCAAAUUGGAGAUUACUUUAUUUAAUAAAUAUUAAUUUCCUGCAAUGUCCAGGACAGCUUCCAAAAUUGUUUGAAGUGUGCAAAACCACUCGGGGACAAUUAUGAGGCUCUUUUUGCUGUGGUGAGUGAAUGAGGUGGUAACAAGGCUUUCAAGUUUUACCUUUGUAAGGGAUUAGCCUUCCAAGUUAUUAAGAUAAGAGGAAGCCAAGCAGUCACUGAGAAUGUUUGCUCAGUUACCUUAUCUAUGCUAAUCAAUUGGGCAAGCCAAGAGCCCAGUUUAAAAUCAAGGAUGAGGGGGUGGAGUUUGAUUGUCUUUGUAACCCUUGCAGUUCCUGAGAGACAUUAUGAAAGCUUUUCUUCAAUUCCAACUGUGAGGAACUAAAUAGCAAAGAUGGUCAAAGCAGGAGGGUCUAGCAGGAUGGGUCUGUGGGCUGCAGUAUUCAAGAAGCAGCAUUUUAAAGCCUUAAAAAAAUAUUUUUGUGUCGUACGUUGUUAACAAAAACACGAACAUUUGUUUCUGUAUUAAAUUUGUUUAAUAAUGGACUAUAUUAAAACUAUUGUGUAUUUAAUGAUAUAUAUUUAAUUAAAUGCAUUGAUUGUGGAUAUUAAAUAAUAAUAAACAUAUUGCAAACACUUUUAAUUUACGAUAUGGAAAUUCGAUCCAGCAGUUUAAAUGGUACUUCUUUGCGAGAUGAUUUGCAUUUCUAAUGUGAAACUCCUCAGCUAAGAUUGUCAAAGCUUGCUGAAAAAGAGGAGUUUUACCUAGUUGUGGGGAGUGGGGAGUCUCCCUUGACUUAGAGUUUUAUAGUCUGAGUGUGGCCACAGAUAAAGUCCUGUCCCAGAGACUCCCUUGCAGGUCCCAAUGAACUGGCAAACUCAGUUGGGGGGUAGCAGAGCUGUAGCUACGGAGGGAAUAGCUAGGUUUUUUGUCCUGGGUGAAGCCUCCAGUGGGGCACCAGGGAGGCUCCCAGCCUGGGUGUGCCUGUGCAAAUGCAUGGGGGCGGUGCCAAACUGGGUCUUGAACCCGGGUGAAAUAAAGCCUAGUAGACAGAGAGGGAGAUCCACCCAUGCAGGUCUCAAACACCUGUGCCUGCCCCUGUGCCAUUGGGCCUCUGGCAGGAGGGAGGGGGGAGAGGCAUGUUGGGAUGGACUGGGGAAAGCUUUGAAUCCCAAGUCCUCUUGUUCCAUGACACUCCUUCAGGUUGGGGGGGGCAGAGCACACCAGUCUAUGUGGAAGAUGCGGCUCCAUCCCUCCUGCCCAGUUGGCACCAGCCUGGCUGCGUGUUGUUCAGCGUAGCACCUCUGCCUUGAGUUCUCCCUCCCCUACCCCUUUGCCUUUCCUUGCCCAAUGUAGUUCUGAAAGGCCUAGGAGCAGGGGUGGCAAACGUUUUCAUCAGGGGGCCGGUCCACUGUCCCUCGGACCUUGUGGGGGGCCGGACGAUAUUUUGAAAAAUACAAAUACCCUGCAAGCCGUUCCCGCAGCUGCCUCCGGACCUGGAGGAGGAACGCACUUUGCACGUGCUCAGGAGCAUGUCUCGGCACCGCCGUUGUUGACGAGCAGCAGCCGCUCCAUCAUCCGAGGCCAGGUCAGCAGGCAGGCCACGCACGUGGAGUGCCGGGCAGGUGGUGGGCAGCUCACCCUCCAGCACCAAGCCGGGCGCCGGGUGCAAGGCCAGUAGGCGCACCAAGCUCCGGCUGAAGACCCACGAUGCCCACGCGGCCCACCUCUCUGUCCAUGGCUGCGCCAGAUUUACCUCACGGGCAGUGAGGCUUCAGAUUGGCUGCAGGAGCUUCCUGCAGGCAAUCCAAAGCUGCGCCAGCGUCACCACCCUCCCAGAAGCCGUGCCAGUAUCGCAGAAGUCAGUGUGGCGAGGCGUCCACAGCGCUCGGGGACUGACCAAGUGGGCAGCAGGGUCCAUGGGCUGGAUUUACAAGCCAGGGGGGCGCAUCCGGCCCCCAGGCUUUAGUUUGGCAACCCCUGGCCUAGGAGGGUAAAAAGUACUUUGCUCUUCACCUGGCACCCAAAGGAUAUUAAACAUAGGCGCUGGGGGAGCCUCCCUGGGAAGCGCUUUCUGUGAUCUAGGAGCUGUCUUUGGAAAGACCCUCUCUGCCCAGGGUACCUGAAGGAGGGUAUACACUACAUCAAAUCCUUCAGAUACCUGGUCCCAAGUUUAAAGAUGUUGCACAUCUUUAAAGAUGUUGUGAAAUAGCUUCCAUUCACAGAUGGGGAGAGAGAAGGGGGGUGGAUAUUCUUUCGCACACCCAAGGAGGACUAUGAGGAAUGUCCUACAGUAACACUGAGGUGUCGGUGGCCGUGUGGGCAAGAAGCAAUGGGGAUGUCGAGAAUGGAGCCAUUGUCGGGUCUGGCUGAUGCUGGAGCCUAGCAAAACAGUGUGUUCUCUGUGUGCAGACAAACACAAACGGCAUUUGCUAGACUCUCCUCAUCCAUUCAGGCUAGCAACACAAAGCAAGGUCCAGAUAGAUUUCAAGACAAACCUGUUUGGUUAGUUUCAGCCUGCCCUGAUUGAGAUCGCCUUCCUCCAGGCAUUUGCCAAAUUCAGGAAGGCCCCACAAGGACAAAGGCAGAAAUGUUUUUUGGGAAAUGAUCCUUAGCGCAAAAGGGUGAUCAACACAGAGUAAAAAAUCAAUGUUAAAUUGUUUAUUAAUUGUAUUAGUUUUAGUGGAACUGUUUUUAAGAAUACCCAGGUGCCUAUCAGUUAUCCCAGCAUCUUUUGCUUUCAUUGGUUAGAAUUCUGGAACGCAAGAGAAGGGUUACUCUGCUAUUUAAUUGGGUAGAGUACCACCUUUCUAGGGAUGCGGGUGGCACUGUGGUCUAAACCACAGAGCCUAGGGCUUGCCGAUCAGAAGGUUGGCAGUUUGAAUCCCCGCGACGGGGUGAGCUCCCAUUAUUCGGUCCCACCUAGCAGUUCAAAAGCACGUCAAAGUGCAAGUAGAUAAAUAGGUACCGCUCCGGCGGGAAGGUAAAGUGUUUCCUGCUCUGGUUCACCAGAAGCGGUUUAGUCAUGUUGGCUACAUGACCCGGAAGCUGUCUGUGGACAAACAGCCUAUAGAGUGAGAUGAGUACUCAACCCCAGAGUUGUCCGCGACUGGACCUAACGGUCAGGGGUACCUUUACCCUUCUACAUUAGUAAAGGAGUGAGAUACUUAAUUUUUUUUUAAUGUGCAAGAUGAACAUUCAAGAAACUUCCAGGCUUCUCUGUGUAUAUAUCUCUCUCCACGUUACCUGCAAGCAGCAUGGCAAAUUCAUGUUGGGCAAAACUGAGCCCCACGACCCUCUGAGCAUCAUUAGCCGUGGGAGAACAGUUGUGUAAAUAAAGUCUAAGUUGGCCGCAGGCCUCUUCUUGGGUUGUGGGUGAUGGUGGGUGAUGCGUCACAACUGGGUGCAGCCCCUCUGACGUGUGUUUUUCUCUUCUUCCCAGUGUAUGUUGUGGAAGAGCAGCGAAGGGAUAACUCUGCCGAAAGUACCUGCCUGACAGCGUGUUGGACUGCGCUGUGCUGCUGCUGCCUUUGGGACAUGCUGACCUGA